GAAAGAUGGAUCUUAACCAUGGUAGGACGCACAAGAAGGUGGUCAUUAGGGAAUUUAUCAGGGAAAGGGACUGGGAGGUGGUAGAGAAGCUUGAGAGGAACUGUGAGAUUGGGUCUAGAAGAGGUUUCUCCAUCCUUACCAACACCCUAGGAGACCCCCUGUGUAGGAUUAAGCUUUAUCCUCUCCAUGUAAUGUUGGUUGCUGAGUUGGUGGGAGAUGGAGAGGUUGUUGGAGUGGUAAGAGGCUUAAUGAAGUGUGUAGGGACCGGCCUUGAGACAGGCAAAGUGUGGAUGAGUUACAUCCUUGGCCUUAGGGUCUCCCCUAAGCAUAGGCGGAUGGGAAUUGGAUUAAAGCUCAUCAAAUCAGUUGAAGCUUGGGCUGAAAGAAAUGGAGCGCGAUAUGUUUUCUUGGCCACAGAGGAGAACAAUGCUGCCUCGAUAAAUCUUUUCGUUCUUAAAUGUGAUUACAUAAAAUUAAGCUCUUUAGCAAUAUUGUUUCAACCAGUUGAAGCUUGUAGUAAGAAGAAUCCAUCCCAUGAUGUGAGGAUAGAGAAGCUAAGUGUCGAGAAAGCUAUUUCAUUAUAUAAGGAUCGGCUUCGAGGUGAGAAAUUCUUUCCUGCUGACAUUGAUGUCAUCCUUAAAGAAGAGCUCAGCCUGGGUACAUGGGUGUCAUAUUUCAAGGAAGAGCAUUGGGAUGGCUUGCAUUGCAAACAGAAUGAUAACGAGUUUCUUACCAAAACUCCAAGCUCCUGGGCCAUCAUUAGUAUCUGGAAGACUUAUGAAGCUUACAAACUUCAAAUAAAAGGAGCACCUUUAGUUAGGUGUAUCAAUACUACCCUGAGCCAUUUAAGAUCCAAAGUCCUCCAUUGCUUAAGAACGAACUCAUCUUGUGAACUGCUCUCUGGGCCAUUUGGCUUUCUCUUCCUCUAUGGGCUUCAUGGUGAAGGGGAGAGGAUGGGGGUUCUCAUGAAAUUUCUGUGGUGCUUUGCUUUCAGUUUGGCCAAGGAUGUGAAAGACUGCAAGGCUAUUGUCACUGAGGUGAGUAAGUGCGACCCUCUAUAUGGGCAUUUAUCAUGGGGAUCCUCCAUAUCAUGCGUCAAUGAUGUUUGGUUUUUGAAGAAGUUGGGCAGUGGUGCAGGAAAUGACAAUAUCGAUUGGACUGCUGCACAACUAUCACAUAUUUUUGUUGAUCCAAGAGAUUUCUGAAGGUUAGAAUCCCAGUUAUAUGCCUUUUUUAUGAAUCUCUGUCUUGAAAUUUGUUUAGUGAAUGGUAUAAAAAAAUAAAGUUUCCAAUGCUUAUGAUCUUAGUUUUCCUGCAAUGAUAAUUUUUCUUUUUUUUCUUUUCUUUUUUUUUUUUCUGAUGAGCUUCUGAAAUGAUGAUUAUAACAUUCUGCUUACAAUUUUCCUUUGUUACAGAUCUUCUGGGAUGAAAUGUUGUGAAGAGACGCUCAUUGAAGAGCAAUCUCAUUGUAGUUCAAGACUUUCAUUAUUCAGUUUCAGAUUAGUAACCUGGUUAUAUGCAUGUGCUCAGAAGAUCUUCUCUUUCCCCACUGAUUUAGUAAUGUAAUAUUUAAAAAAAAAAAACCCAUAGUCACUGUCUUCCACUUAGGAGUCAAUUUUAAGUGCUAUCUAAACUAUUAUGAAAACUAAUUGUAAUUUCUCCCAACUUAUAUAAAAUUUCUGCAAAUAAUAUAUACAGCAAUAUAACGUAUAUAAGAAUUUGAGAUC